AUGGAGAAAUGCUGCAACUCCCCCGUUGUGACGUACGGUGAAGAUUGCGGAAUGUACUGUCUUGCGUCCGGCGGGACGGUCGGCGAACUCGUUCGAUGCAUCAUCGGCGACGGCGUGGCGGACGGACAAGUUUUCUGCAAUAUGGCAUCCAACGCUACCGCGACGGGCAGCGCGACACCAACUGCCACCAAUUCUGAUCGCGACGACGAUGACGACGACAAGAAGCCGACUGGUACCGAAACGUCGCCCGCAGCGACCUCGUCCAACGCUGCCUUUGCCAGCGUCCCACAGCAACCGAUUUCAAAGCCAGCGAUCGGGGUUCUCUUCACGCUUUUCUUCUCCACCUUUGCCAGCGUCCUUUUUGCAUAA